AUGGCGUCAAUGGGCAUGCAAUCGCUGGGUUGUAUCCCGGCUCUGUUCGGCUGGGUCGGGGUCAUUAUCGCGUGUGCCCUACCCAUAUGGAGAUUGACAUCCUUCAUUGGUACCAAUAUUGUGACUUUUCAGAUUAUCUGGGAGAGAAUCUGGAUGAGUUGCGUGGUGGAGAGCACCGGACAGAUGCAGUGUAAGGCGUAUGACUCCUUGCUGGCGUUGAGCCCUGACAUGCAGGCUGCUCGUGCCCUGAUGGUGAUUUCCAUUGUGGUGGGCAUCACUGGAAUUCUCAUGGCACUCGUCUCAGGGAAAUGUACCAACAGUAUAAUAAAUGACUUCUACAACCCCCUGUCACUGGAUGCUCAGCGCAGGGAGCUGGGCGCUCCCCUUUUCCUUGGCUGGGCCGCAGGACUCCUUCUGGUUCUGGGAGGAGGGCUGCUUUGCACUUUUUGUACAACGAAGGCGAACGACACAGCAUCAGUCACAUAUAACCUGUAA